AUGGCAUCUGCUGCUAGAUCCGCAUCUCGCGCUUUCUUGCGCUCCUCCUUCAGACCUGCUGUCCGCAGCACUCGCUCCGCUCUCCCCCAGGGCUUCCGCGCUGCUUCUCGCCGUGGUUAUUCUUCCGAGGCGGAGCCCCCCAAGUCCUCCAGCAACACCCUCCUGUGGGCUGGUCUCGCCGCUGCAGGUGGUGCUGGUGCGUACUUUUACCUGAAGGGCGCCGACAGUGGCAUCAGCUCCAAGAACUUCACCCCUACUCAGGCCGACUACCAGAAGGUGUACGAUGCCAUUGCUGAUCGUAUUGCCAACGAGACCGACUAUGAUGACGGCAGCUACGGACCAGUUCUUGUCCGUCUGGCCUGGCACGCAAGUGGCACCUACGAUAAGGAAACCGGCACUGGAGGCAGCAACGGCGCCACCAUGCGCUUCGCUCCCGAGUCCGACCACGGUGCCAACGCUGGUCUCAAGCACGCCCGCGACUUCCUUGAGCCCAUCAAAGCCAAGUUCCCCUGGAUCACUUACUCCGACCUUUGGACCCUAGGUGGUGCUUGUGCUGUCCAGGAACUCGGCGGUCCCGCCAUCCCCUGGAGACCUGGUCGUCAGGACAAGGAUGUCGCGGCCUGCACACCCGAUGGCCGGCUCCCCGAUGCCGCCAAGGACCACUCCCACAUCCGCGACGUCUUCGGCCGCAUGGGCUUCGACGACCGCGAGAUGGUUGCGCUGUUGGGCGCCCACGCUCUGGGCCGUGCUCACACGGACCGCUCCGGCUUCGAUGGACCUUGGAACUUCAGCCCUACUGUCUUCACCAAUGAGUUCUUCCGCAUGCUUGUUGACGAGAAGUGGGAGAACCGCAAGUGGAACGGCCCUGGCCAAUUCACUGACAAGACGACUAAGACCCUCAUGAUGCUUCCUACCGAUAUUGCGCUUGUCAAGGACAAGGGCUUCAAGAAGCACGUUGACCGAUAUGCCAAGGACAACGAUGCUUUCUUCAAGGAGUUCUCUGAUGUCUACGUCAAGCUUCUUGAGCUCGGUGUUCCUUUCACCACCAAGGCUGAAGACCGAUUUGUCUUCAAGGCCUCUGAGUAA